AUGAAUACCACUGCAACGGGGGACGGAUUGGCAGGGCCGGACGGGUGCAACCUGUUUGUCUUCCACAUCCCCAACACCAUGACCAACGAGGCCCUGUUCCGUCUCUUCUCCAAGUUUGGGAACGUCAUCAGCGCUCGCAUCAUGGUCGAAAAGGCCACGGGCCGCAGCAGGGGCUUCGGGUUUGUGAGCUACGAUAACAGAGACUCGGCGGAAAAGGCUAUCUCUCAAAUGAACGGGUACCAGAUUGAACACAAGCGCCUCAAGGUUCAGCACAAGAAGGACAAGGAGAGGGAGAGGUACGUGACGGCCCCGUCUCCUAGGAUGAUGGGGCCGGGCGUCGCCGCUGGCAGGAUGCAGCAGACCGCCCACUUCCGGCAGCCGCUCCUGCCCGCGCACAACGCGGGCCUUCGGCACCACCAGGGCGGAGACGACAAGCUGCCGCCCCCAUCCCCGGCGGCGGACACGGGAGGCGCGGGCGUCGCGCCGGGCUUCACCGUCUCCGGCGGCGGCGGCGGAGGCGGUGGCGGCGGCGGCGGCGAGGAGGACCACCACCAAGGCGACGCCUCCGCCACCGACGUGGGAAUCGACGCCGGCCCGCGGGGGGCUAGCACGGGUGGGGGGGACAAGUAUGGCGCGCACUCUAACGACCACCCGCACCUGGCGUAUAUUUACCGGGGGCGGGGCACCGCGGCGGAUGAGACCGGCGGGUACCCCUCGGCCGGCGGCGGCGUCGACGGAAAGGCGGCCGGGGACGAGAAGCCUCAAGACCAGGACUCGGGAUACCACGGGCGCGACGACUCGGCGUACAUGGCGGCCCCGACGUCCAGCGUGGGAGGCAGCGCCGCCAGCCCGGACCCUAAGGGUGUGUCGAGGGCCAGGUCUUCAAGCCCUGGCGCGGCGGCGAACGCUGCUCUGCCGCACCAGUCUCUGGAACACGCGAUGCAGACCAAGCUCACGAUCGGAGGGAACGGAAGCCCGCCUUCCGCUGCGCAGCCCUCGUGAUGAGGGAUGAAAGAUGAUCAGAUAACGAGAAAGAGAAAAGGGGGCCCGAAAGAAGGGCCGACAACAUCACCCCAUACCCCGAUUUGAAGACAGCCCUUGGUAUGCUGGCGGCUCUUGUUGCCAGGACGAAACAGGUUGGCCGCAGCUUUCAUCUCGCCCCUCCUUACUUCACUUCCCCCGCCCCGCCGAGCUGUGCGCUUGAGAGGCGAUCGAUGGAUGCGCUGGUGGGCCUUAUGUGCGAGUCAGAGUCAGAGUCAGGUGUUUACAGUUUAGUUUUGGUGUGUGGUGUGGUGUUGAGUGCGGGCAUGCGGGUUGUUGCGGCGGACGGGUGGUGUUGUUGUUGAUGCCGUUGUUAAAAGCAACUGUACCGGAUGGGGGGAGGAGGCGAAGAAGUGAAGUGCGGUGCUGAUGCGACCGUUUUUUUUGGUUUUUUGGCCGUCCCUGCACUCGGAGCGAUUUGUUGUUUUCGUGCCCCCAAGGGGUGGGUGGUGUGAGGUGUAACUCUUCCCUUUUCCCUGAAUUUUCCUGGCAGUGGUCAACGAAAGUGAGUAGAGGCUAUGAGGAAGGCAGGGGAGAUGGGAUAUGAGGUGCGAUCGAUGAUUUCGAGCAAUCCGUUCCGUUCUGGUGUCGACGUAGCGCCGCGUGUAGUCUGCCGAGCGCGUUGUGAGGCAAGAGUAGAUGAGUGCAGCGCCAUUUUCGAAUCGACCGCAUUUUUUCCGUGUUGGUUAUUGUGCGUGUAGCGCUCCGUCGCUUUUGGAAACGAGAUUUUUUUUUUUCUGUUGUCUUUCAAGACUAAUAUCAUAGUCGGCCGCCGCUUGGCUUGUUUCUGUCCCCUCGUGGAGUUGAUGCGCGGGCGGGUUGAUCUCAUGAAAAUGGUCCAUGUUGACUUGGGGGGCGGGAAAGGGGCUCCGUGAAUCGUGGUAGCCACGGGCACAGGUCGAGCAACUUAGCAGGUCGCGGCGUACCUGGUCCGUCCGGUUACGCUGUCCGGCUCUUGCUUUUUUUUCAUUCGUCGGGGGACCACCUUCCCGAGAGAAAAUGAACCGCUGCUGCAGAAGUACUGCUGCAGUGGUGUUGAUGCUGCUGGUGCUGCUGCUGCUGCGGUGGCGGUGGCGGCUUUUGGGCUUUAAAACCAAAUCGGAAGUGUCUCUUGCCUGACAUUUGCUCUUUUGUCUUUUUCCUUGUUUUGGUGCGAUGGUAACUUGUUGCGCGCCCGUACUCUAGAGUGUACGGUGGGGGCGGGUUUGUGAGGUGGUAGUGGGUGGUGUUGCGUUUCAAAUUUCUUACCCUUACUCUUAAUCUUCAUUUGGUUGCCUGGGGUUGAUUUUGAUCGGAGCUCUCCGUGUCGAGAAGUAGCGGCGGUGGCGGCCAUAUGCAGCACCACGUGUCUACAGCUUUCGCGAAGUUGUGUUUGUUUGUGAUGCGGUGAUACCGAAGCGGUGCCAGAAUUGGGACGCCAUCGAGAGGUCGUGAGUAGCGACUGAGGGACUUGAGGGUCGAGAUGCCGGCAGUAGCAGCAGCGGCAGCAUACGAGUAGGGCCGUAGGGACCAUUCAUGUUGUCCGUCCUUGGCCUUUGUGUUUUUUGCAUGUGAAAGUAGUGGUAUCGGACUGCUGGGGGGGGGGGGGGGGGGGGGGGGGGGGCUGAAUGCUCAUCGUUGGGAAAAAAUCGCUCUGAUAAAUAUUCCAGGUUNUACCUCUCCCACUGACUUUUGAGCAUAAAGCCUUUCCGUUGCGUUGCGUUGGCUUGAUAGAGGGAGGGAGGGGGGUGCAGGGUCGACAAGAAGGGGCGCUUUGCGUCCCGUUCCGUGGCGAAGAACAAGUGGUUUGUUUGCAUGUUCUGUCCCGUUCGCUUCUCUGUGGCGGUGCGGCGACGUACGUUCCGUUCCAACAAGAUGCACGGUGGGGAUUUUUGGUGGGUGGGUCGCUCCGGGGCGAUGGUGGUGUACCGUACCGUAGCUUACGCCACCUCAAACGCGAGAGCGGGCGCCGAUCACAUGGCGUGGGCUUUGCGAAAUGACAUGUUGACAGCGCAGCACGUUGGUUCGUUUCGUUUAGGUGCCGGUUAUCUCUGAGAGACGAGGCUGNCUUGGGCAGGCGAGCAAGGGCUCUGGAGACGGAACACCGCAACUAACACUCAAUACCUCAAUGCACUCGUUGUAUCGUGUAACGCCUCUUGUUUUUAUUCCUUAUUUUCUUGGUUCUUCGGCCACAUGUGCCUCCCAUCGUCCGUGGCAGUACUGAACUAACAGUUGGUUACCUUACCGUACCUUACCCUACCCUACCACACCAAUGUGCCGUGUCGAGUGUUGACCGGGUACUGCAGUAGCUCGAGUUGUCGUCAGGGGGGGAGAGAGAGUCGGAUUGAAGCAAGAGAAAAAGGGCAACAUUUUUUGCCGCGAGGGUCUUCUCUCAUCCCCCUCCCGGCCAACCGACCGACCGGCUAACGGACCAGGCAGAUAAGGGCAACCACAGAGAGAGCCUGGUGGAGACGGGUUGGUUUGUCGCUUCGCUGCUUGGGUUGACUGGCUGAUGAGUUAAUCAGAAGCGCGCAUCGACAGGCAAGGUGCGCUAUAAUUCUAGGUCCGUAUCUAAUCUGUGUACCCCAGUGUGUGCUCAGUUGGAUGUUCUACCGAGUUGAGGUUUGUUAGGUGGGCGCGGAGUCCGCGGGCGUUUUGGAGUCGUCCGAUAACUCGUUUGGCGUUCGCACUUGCGUAGGGAAGUAACGUAUUUUUAUGCAUGCUGCAUGUGCUCGUUUUUCGUGUGUUUUUUUUGUUUCAGUAAUGAUAUGGAGUGGACACAAGCGAGCUUGGUAAAGUUUGGCGCGUCAUUUAUCGUCAUUAAUCAAGAAAUAAGAAGUCACCGGGUUUUUCAUCACGAUUGAUUGUGCCACAUGAUGAUCCAAGGCCAUCACAAAAAUACGUGGUGCGAGCACGGCAAUGAUUGGCCGU